GACGUCGCGUCUUAUCUCACUCUAUUGUAUGUGAGAAAAUGGCGACCGGGACCGGGAAACACAAGCUGCUGAACAUAGGUCCCACAGAGCCAUGGUCGAUCCGGGAGAAGCUGUGCCUGGCCUCCUCCGUCAUGCGCAGCGGAGACCAGAACUGGGUUUCUGUGAGUCGUGCUAUCAAACCUUUUGCAGAACCCGGUCGUCCACCUGAUUGGUUCUCUCAAAAACAUUGUGCCUCACAGUAUUCUGAGCUUUUGGAAACUACAGAAACUCCAAAACGAAAAAGAGGCGAACGAGGAGAAGUUGUAGAGACAGUUGAAGAUGUGAUUGUGCGUAAACUUACAGCCGAAAGAAUUGAGGAACUGAAGAAAUUAAUUAAAGAAACACAAGAAAAGUAUAGAAAAUUGAAGAAGGAAGCAGAACUGAUUCAGAGUGGCCACAUGGACAGCAAAUUGGAGGAACUGUGGAACGAUAUUGUGGCCAAGAAGAAACAGGAAGAGGAGGAAGCCGAGAUGAAAAAGAAGGCAACAGAUGCUGCUUAUCAAGCACGGCAGGCAGCUAAGAAUAUUCCUCGCAGAAGUUCAAGCACAAUAGGACGCUCAUCUGUUGGAUCUUCAUCUCCAGGUGCAGAGUUUGGUUUAGGAGACCUGACACCGAAUAGCACCGAGGAGGGAAACAUGGGGGUAAGUGUGGGGUCUUUACCAAACACCCCAGUCUCCUCCUUCAUUGGCAUUCCUGACACCCCUCCUCCUCCAACCCCUUUGGAGUCCCCAUUGACCCCUGUGAUGGACGACUCUCCCCAGAAAAAGAUGGUGGGACAGAAAGCAACUCCACCCCCCUCCCCGCUGUUAUCGGAGCUCCUGAAGAAAGGAAGUGUGUUGCCCACAAGUCCCCGUCUGAUCAGUGAGAGUGACAUGACUUUAGGAACUAAUAACAUUACCGGCUCUAGUGUCUUAAUGGAUGUUGGGUUACUUCCAAGUCUUCAUGGAGGUGAGCUGCACCCUAUUGCAGGCACAAUUCCAGCGUCUCCGGCAGCAUCAGGUGCUCCUACUCUGUCACGGCUUCUAGAAGCUGGUCCUGCACACUUUACUGCACCUCUUGCUUCCUUCUCUGCUGCUACAAGUGAAUUGCCAUCUAAAUCUUUGCUGACCCCAGUAGAGUCCCAGGCUACCAUUAUUAUGAUGUCAGCACUUCCAAUGACUGCAGCUGUCCCAGGGACCCAGCAGGAGGACAGUGAAAAUGCUUCUGAUCCACACACAGUUACCGUGUCCAUGGACAGUAGUGACAUCUCCAUGAUCAUAGAUUCUAUCAACAAGGAAUGUCUGGGAACUGGAGAUAGUAGUGCACAAUCAAAGGAUGAGUCUUCAGACAGCAAGGGAGACCUGGAUCUAGCAGAGAAAAUGGACAUUGCUGUAUCUUACACUGGAGAGGAGUUAGACUUUGAAACUGUUGGAGAUAUCAUUGCAAUAAUCGAAGACAAGGUUGAUGACCAUCCUGAAGUGCUGGAUGUAGCUGCAGUUGAGGCUGCCCUUUCUUUUUGUGAAGAGAAUGAUGACCCCCAAGCCCUUGGUGGGCCCUGGGAUCAAGCUGUUCAGGAACACACAGUGAAACAAGAGACACUUCCAAAGUCUCUCAUUCCGGGGCCCAAGGAUACAGAUACAAUAAUGAAUAUCAUGGAGUUGGCUGAUAUAAAAGCAGAACCUUCUGAACCAGAGGUGGAACCUGCCCAGUCAGAUGGGGCCCCCCUGACAUCUCUCUCAACCUUUCAGCUUGAACCCCCUGAAGAAGAGUUAAGUGAAGCUAGUGUAAAAGAACCAGUCAAAGAAGAGGAAACAAGUGAUCACCAAGUGAAAACUGAGGAAACAGAAUGUGAGACUUCUCACAGUGACACAUUUCUUAAUGAAGAAGAAAGAGGGAUACCAUCAGAGGAGAGUCCAUCAUUAACUGAGCCAGUGAAAUCCGAGCCUCCAGCUGCCAAUCAUAACAAGGACUCUCAAGGAGAGGAAGAUGAGGAAGAGGAGGAUGUCACAAGUGAGGUUGGUAGUCCUGAAGAGCCCAAAGAAGAAGAAGCCGGGGAGGAAUAUCUAUCUGAAAUGGAUAAUGAACCUCCAAUCAGUGAGAGUGAUGACGGAUUCAGUAUUCAUAAUGCUCAGCUUCAGUCCCACACACUGGCAGAUUCUAUUCCCAGCAGUCCAGCAUCCUCCCAAUUUUCGGUCUGCAGUGAAGAUCAGGAGGCCAUACAAGCCCAGAAAAUCUGGAAAAAAGCUAUUAUGUUGGUUUGGAGAGCAGCAGCCAAUCACAGGUAUGCCAAUGUCUUUCUUCAGCCUGUGACAGAUGACAUUGCUCCUGGUUAUCAUAGUAUUGUGCAGAGACCUAUGGACCUAUCCACUAUAAAGAAGAACAUUGAGACUGGUCUAAUUCGAAGUACAGCGGAAUUCCAGAGGGACAUCAUGCUUAUGUUCCAGAAUGCUGUAAUGUAUAAUAGUUCUGAUCAUGAUGUCUACCACAUGGCUGUAGAGAUGCAGCGUGAUGUGCUGGAACAAAUCCAGCAAUUCCUAGCCACACAGCUGAUUAUGCAGACAUCUGAAUCAGGAAUCAGUGCAAAAAGUCUAAGGGGCCGAGAUUCCACACGCAAGCAAGAUGCCUCUGAAAAGGACAGUGUCCCCAUGGGCUCUCCUGCCUUCCUUCUCUCUCUCUUUGAUGGAGGCACGCGAGGCCGCCGGUGUGCAAUCGAAGCCGAUAUGAAGAUGAAAAAAUGAGGGGUCUGCUAUGUGCAAUACAUUGCAAUAGCAGUACAGAUUUUUGUAUAAAUUGUAUGAUUUAAUGAAUUGAUGUUGUCUUUGGAAAGCUAAUUUAUAAAACCCCAGUAUCUGGGUUUCAUUUCUGUUUGCCUUCCAUGAAGUGUUGAUACAAGCAGCAUUAGGGUACUUUCACACUCGCGGCAGAGGAUUCGGCAAUCUGGACGCAAACUAAUGCAUUUGUGAGACUGAUCCGGGUGCGGAUCUGUCUCACAAAUGCAUUGCAAUACCGGAUCCGUCUUUCCAGUUGUCAUCCGUAAAAACGGAUCCGGUAUUUUAUUUUUUACAGAUUUAAUGGUCUGCGCAUUCGCGGACGAAAAGAACGGAUCCAUUUUGCCGGAACACUUGGAGCCGGAUCCGGCAUUAAUGCAUUUCAAUAGAAAUUAAUGCCGGAUUCAGCAUUUCGACAAGUGUUCAGGAUUUUUGGCUGGAGAGAAAACUACAGCAUGCUGCGGUAUUUUCUUCAGCCAAAAAACGUAACAGAACAGAUGCAUCUUGAAGAGCAUUCCGCUCUCCAUUCAGAAUGCAUUAGGAUAAAACUGAUCAGUUUUUUUCCGGUAUUGAGUCCCUAGGACGGAACUCAAUACCAGAAAACUAAAACGCUAGUGUGAAAGUGCCCUUACUUAUUUGUAGAUAUAUUCUGCAAGGUAGCUACCCAUAAAGGUGUUUCUUGUACCUUUUUUUUUUUUUUUUUUUUUUUUUUAUUAGCCAAAAAUGGGACUGGAUCCAAAAAGUUGUAGUUUUCUCCUCUGUUUUGGAUCCACUCUUGGUUUGGGCUUUAAAAAGAUGCAACAAAAGUUAUAGCAAAACUGGCUUUUGACGUAUGUGGAAUUUUGUACUAGAGCAACAUACACAUGAUAUUUACCAGCAUUUUGAUCUUUGAACAUCUGUUUUAUGGCAAUCAUGAGAAAUUGUUAAAAUUAGUACUUUUUAACUUAAUUUACAUUGUUCUUUUGUAAGCUCAUGUUUUCCCAAGUUAAUAUCAAUAUCAGAUCAGUGGAGGUCUUACUCCUGGAGCCCCCACUGAUCAGCUCUGGCUCCAGUGCUGAAAAAAGGCAUCAGACCUACAUAGCUCCAUCUAUUGUGUAGUGGCCGGAGAUGGUUACUGCAGUGCCUCUCCCACUCACUUGAAUGGACAGAGCUAUGUAGUAUAUCAGUGUAUUGUAAUAUUAUCCUUCAGAUUUAAAGAAAACAUUGUCGUAUAUUGGAAGGAAUAAAGGUGUAAUUGUCUAAAUAUC